AUGUAUAAUCACCAACGACUGAGGGUUAAAGCGUUAGUGAUGCCGUCGCAUUGGAGUAAACAACUUUACGAUGAUAUUGGUUUCAUUGUAACCACUGGGUCGGUAAAGUAUUGGGAAUCUAUACAACCCAUAGACGUAGAGAGAACAGAUAGUUCUUUCAAAUGGUUUAAAGAACUGAAAUUCGAGGAAUUCGAAAAUAAAGUUGUUGGAUACGCCUUCACAAAGUCACUAGAAAAUAUACCAAUUUGGUUACGCACCAUAGAUUUGGUAGAAUUGGAUGUAGCUGUUGGCUUGGAUUUGUGUCAUAAAAUAUUAUCAUACAAUAACUUAAUAAACGCCUUCCAAGUGCCUUGCUAUCAUUCAUGUACAUUCGCUAUGUUCGAAGCGGGCCAUGAGUUAUGCAGAAAAUACCACGGCGUCGAAGGCGGCGCUUUAAUUAAUAAACGUAGUAAUGUUUUGAUAGGUAUAGCGACUUGGGGCGCUUAUUUCAAAGAUUACGAGUUACCAGUCGGUUUUUCCGUUCCUAAUUCUAAUAGAUUUCAUAAUGACUACGAAUGCGCUCAGAAUAUAAGAAAUCACACUGGUCCCGCUGUUAUGGGAACUUAUCCUUCAUUAUGCGCCGAUCCAGUAAAUUUUAAUCAUGAAGAAAAGGGAACUAAUAAUAAUGGGGCUCAGUGA